CAGCUGAAAAUAGAGAAUAAUCCGUUUGCUAAAGGCUUCAGAGACACUGGGAGUGGAAGAAGAGAUAAAAAGCGUCCGUCACUUCCAAUGACAGAAGCUCACCUUCCAGCGACAAAUGAGGAUCCCAAACAGGACAGUGUAGACGCAAUGGAAGGCUGCAGCAGCGAAGAGGAAACAGUGGACGUCGGAGGAAGUGGAGAAGAGCUAUUGGACGCCCCCAUAAUCUCUAGUACUCCGCUUGUUAGCAGUAGUCCUGGAGAUCAGGAAGUUCCAGAAGAUAACAAGAUGGACCUAGAAAAAAUGGAAAACACUGAUGUUGUUAAUAAAAAGACCACAGAAGACAGGAACCAGGAGACCUCAUCUAAGAAAAAGGAAGCAGCUUCUUUGGCCAUCCCAGGAUCAUUUACUCCAGAAUCUUCAAAUGCUGGAGCACAGAGUUUUCAGAAUGUUGACCCCCCAGAGAACCAUGCGCACAGUUUACAUCAGCUUGGAAUUCAUAAUACUUUAGGAGGUGGUUUACCCCACCCUCACAUAUUUCCUUAUCUCUACCCACCAGCUUUGUACCCCCAAUUCUACUUUCCUCACGCCAUUCCUACAACAUCUACAAUGUCUGCAAACGUAUCAUCUCAUCUUUAUUCUUUGAUGACUCGUAGCAACCCAAGAUUUUUGGACCCUGGAUGCAGACAUGGACAUCAUCGAUUCUUUCCAUAUCCGUUACCAGUGACCACCAGCUCGACACAACUUCCUGCUUCUACUCUCCACUGCCCUGUCCCACUCCCACUACUCAAGGGCAUGUCUUUAUCCCCAGCUUCUGAAGUUGCGAGUUCUUCAAGCUCGAUAAGUCCAACUGUCUCUCCUUCUGCUUCUAGCACGUUACAGAGCAUAGAGGAUAUGGUUAAUGGGUUGGAAAGGCAGCAAGAACAGCUUGCCAUUUUGUCCUUGUCCAAACUUAAUGAGUGAUGACUACAGUGAUCAAGAACUAAGGGAAAGAGCCAGCCAAGCUUUUUGCUUAGCAGAUGCCCGCAUCACCCAGAGCUCAGCAAGAGUCGCGAUGACCUCUAGUGGCCAAGAACACAAUCAAAUAAGUUCCGCUCCUUCCAAAACAGACCUACUGAAGACGAAGUAGUGAGAUCUGUAAACUACACGUAGCCGGCACUGGGUGGGGGUAUCAAGAAAUUAUAUACAGAAACAUUUUCUCGUACCCUGAAGAAAAGGGCGUGAAUCUAUCCAAGUGACAAUAAAUCAGAUAGUUAGGUAGCUAAUAAGCAAGAAAAGCAUUCAAUCUCGAAAAACGAAUUAAAGAAGUUUGUGCCCAGCUCAAGCAAUGAAUAGAAAACCCCACCUCUUUUAGUUUGUGAAAUGGUUAUUCUACUUUUGGCUUAAAGAACUACAUUCAGUUUAAUUAUAUCUAAAAUUGGUUUCAUAGAUAUGGUUGGAAGUUCAUCUUCUGUGCUUCUUUCUCACCCUUUUAUAAAUAGAAACGGAAACCCACCCUCAUUAAGCAAAUACUAGCGAAGUGGAUACUCGGUAUUUUUGUCCAACAAUAACUUAAGAGAAGAUUUCUAGACCUAUACUUAAUAUUCAUCUGGUGCCUUAACAGAUGAUUGAUGUUCCACGUUCAUUAACUAUUUGUGACAAGUGUUAACUUUAGAAAUCUUCCUGCCAAUGUCAAUGUGCCCAGCAUCGGAUUUAUGAAUUCUUGAGAACAUAUCUUCGAAACUCGUUCGUGUCCACUGUUAAUUUGGAAGAUGGUUUGGCAACUGGCUACAGUACGUAAGUCCAACGGUCUUUUCAGAAGUUAUUGGAAAGCUAUCUGUAAAAUAUCAAUUUGAGUACUUUGUGAAAUUCAACUUUAAAGAUUGUACUCAGUAUUAUAUGUUUAAAGCUCCAUCACGUUCCUGUUGUUAUGGACAGUAUUUAUAUAUUAAUCAUUAUAAACUCUCUUGACUAUUCUUUUAACGAUUCCUAAGGCAUGCUCAACAACGUCCUGAGUUCCUAUUUCCAUCAAUCUUCUGGAGACAUUUCAAGAAUAAAACAUUUCUCUGGCAUAAAAAUAACUAAGCAAAGUCAAGAUGAAACGAACAAUGUGGCGAAACUGCAAGGCUAAACUAAGAAUGCAAUUGAAUGAUAGUUAGUAAUACAUUGUAUUGCUGAACUACGUAAUGAUGUUGAGGAAACUGGAUUGGAUUAUACUUAAUAUACUUGAUUUUUGAAAUACGUAAUGAUGUUGAGGAAAUUGGAUUGGAUUAUACUUAAUAUACUUGAUUUUUGAAAUACGUAAUGGUGUUGAGGAAAUUGGAUUGGAUUAUACUUAAUAUACUUGAUUUUUGAAAUACGUAAUGGUGUUGAGGAAAUUGGAUUGGAUUAUACCCAAUACACUGUAUUGUCCAAUUAAUUUUUGGAGUCAAAUAAAUUAGAAGUGGGUAUACUGCAAUUGAAAACAAGACUUACUCGAUAAUAGAUCUACAAGUUAACGAAGUGACCUGCUAGUCUGUGUCAAGGCCCGAAAUAAUAUCAUUUAAAGCUUUGGGCUUCUAAUGAUGUGUCUUUAAAACGUGACAUAAAUAUUAACAACCAAUCUCAAUGGA